ACAGGGGGAGGAGGAGGAGGAGGAGGAGGAGGGGGAAUUCAUUCAGCAAGAAUUUUAUCGCUGGCAGUUUCCACUAACGUUCUCUAUUCUUCCCUCCGAGUCAGCCUGGUGACAACUUGGCGCUCAAAAGGAUAGACCUCACUCAGCUCGUCGCUUGUUCUGUCUGUGUCUGACAGUGUCUGUCUACACUCUACACACAGCGCGGCGAGCUAUGAUGACAGGAUGAGGGAGAAACUACAAAGAUUAUAAUAGAAUCUCGCUGGAUAGAAAGAGAAGGAGAGAGAGAGAGCGAGAGAGAGAGAGAGAGAGAGAGAGAGAGAGAGAGCGAGCGAGAGAGAGCGCGCGCGCGUAGAAAAGGAGAAAUACAACCUGGGGCACGGAAUGUGGUGCAAAGCUUCACUCACCGUAGAGACAUUCAACUGGCUGAAUUUGCUUCGCUUGGGAAAGUGUGAAUUAAACAUCGGUGUUGUUUUUAUAUAAUUUUUAAUUUAUUCCGGAAACUGGCUCUGGCCUAAAAAAACACGCAGUGCCUGGCUUUUCAAUCCAUACAAGUGCUUUGUCGCUGUAAUCAACGCAAUUCAAGGAAUUACAGACUGUUGUGUUGUUUACAGCAAUACUACAAACACAGCUGUUUGGCAUUUAGAUCUAGAAUCUAGACUCUAGAUCCAGAUUCUAGAUUCUACGUCUAAUUUGUGAUUGGAGAUAAUUUUCGUUAACUUGAGAGAGAUUGACAGCGAUAGCGGCCGUGAGAAGCCCCACCAAGGCUCGCCGGCGUCCACACCUCCCUGCUGCAGGCCCCGUCCGUCCGUCCGUCAGUGUGAUGACGUCAGAGGUCUGUUCCGGAGACGGAUACUGAGUGACCUUGGCACUGCUGUAGUGUGGUGGGAGGGCCGCCUCCUUUAUCGUCGCCAUGGACGCCACCAAAGACUUCACGGAAGCUACAGCAGCUGCUGCUGAUGAUGACAGUCCACUGACGGGGAACGAUAACGAGAGGAUGGAGGGAGUCAGGGAGGAGGGAGUCCGGGAGGAGGGAGUCAGAGAGGAGGGAGACAGGGAGGAGGGAGAGGGAGUCAAGGAGGAGGAUCUCGAGGAAGCCCACGGGAUGACUUCAGCGGAUAGAACCGCCAGUGUUUCCUGAACGUGUCCGGUGAAGACCCAGAGUUUAGACCCCGGACCCGCAAGCCUGGAGUCUCUCGGUACAAGCAUGGCCUCAGGACUCUGCUCCCUGUGCGAUGUGAAAAGUCGCCCCCUGGCUAUCUACCUGUGGACUCCACGGGCUGCGUCAAUUACAUGACCUUCGGCUGGAUGACUUCACUCAUGUGGAGCGUCUUCAGACACGGUGUCGGCCCUGACGUCAAGAACCUUCGACUCACCAGUUCAAAGUUCAGCAUACACAGCAUCCAAGGGCAUUGGCAGGAGGAGCUGAGCACGAAGAAUGUCUCUGAGGCUUCCUUUGGCCGGGCCAUCUACCGGGCCUUCAGAACCCGUCUCUUCAUCGGCACCUUCAUCAGCCUUGUCUACGCCUUCCUGAGCCUGGCUAACCCGCCGCUCGCAUCAAGUACGGCACCCUGUCCCUUCUCUACAGUAAAGUCAUCAGGCUGAAGAGCCUCAGAGACAAGACUGUCGGAGAUAUUGUUUGCGCUAAAUUUUCCCAAAAGUACAGAGAGAGGUGCAUAGCUGUUACUGAUCGAAGAGUGGGUUUGAUGACAGAACUUCUUACUUGUAUAAGACUGAUCAAGAUGUGUGCUUGGGAAACUGCUUUCAGUGAUAAAAUUGCAGACAUCCGCCAGGAGGAGCGCAGCAUUCUAGAAAGAAGUGUGUUGGUUCAGAGCAUUAGUAUGGGCUCCUCCAUGAUGGUACCCAUCUUCGCGAGCUGUCUCACUUUUAUAGGAUAUGUGUCAACCGGACACAACCUCACAGCUGCACAGGCCUUCACUUUUGUGUCGUUGCUAAACACAAUGCAAGUGUCCCUGGCGACCGUACCAUUUGCCAUGAAAGCCGUGUCGGAAAUGAUCGUCACCACGCACAGAAUCAAGGAAAUUUUGAUAAUGGAAGAAAUGAAUGCUGCAGAAGUUCUACCAUUAGAUGAGUCCAGUGCAGUUGAGAUUGAGAACGCUUCAUUUUCAUGGAGCUCUGGAAGAGCGAGGAAAGAUAUGGGCAAUGGGAUACAAGACAAACCAAAGCACAAAAAAAAAGGGAAAAAGCAGCCUGAACAGGAGGCAGAGACCCUGAACAGUGGGAGUGAAGGAGAAAAUGGACGCAUCUACACCGGACCAACGCUCAGCAACAUCACGUUUACCCUGAAGAAGGGCCAGUUGGUUGGUGUGUGUGGCCAAGUUGGUAGCGGGAAAUCCUCAUUGAUAAAUGCCAUCUUAGGACGGAUGGAAGUUACAUCAGGCUUUGUUGGUGUCGUUAGCCAGGUGGCAUAUGUGUCUCAGCAAUCCUGGAUUAUGAACGACACCGUGCGAGGAAAUAUCCUGUUUGAGAAAGCUUAUGAUGAAGACAGGUACAAACAGGUAUUGGAGGCCUGUGCUCUACCUCCUGACAUUGCAACGUUGCCCUCUGGAGACCUCACUGAGGUGGGUGAGCGAGGGGCUACGUUAAGUGGCGGUCAGAAACAACGCAUCUCCCUGGCCCGUGCUGCAUACAGCGAUUGUGAACUCAUCCUCCUGGACGACCCAAUGUCUGCGGUGGACGUCCAAGUAGGGCAACACAUCUUCCAACAUUACAUACAGGGACUGCUCAAAGGGAGGACCGUCGUUCUGGUCACUCAUCAAUUGCAGUAUUUAGAAAGCUGUGAUGAGAUUCUGGUGAUGAAAGAUGGUGGAUUGGCAGAGCAUGGGUCCCACCCUCAGCUCUUGUCAAAUAAGGGCGAGUAUGCUAACCUGCUGAGCUUGUUUGGUGAUUUUCGAAGCUCAAGCAAGGAAAGUCUGUCUCAUAUCACAGACCGGGGAGAGAAUGGAGGUACACCAAAUGAGGAAAACAACAACGGUAGUGGAGGAGUUGUCGCCCACGGUAGUGGACCGGAGGUGGCAGACCAGGAGAAUGGCCUCAACCAUGCAGAUGAGACAAUCAAGGCUACUGCUGAAGCAAAGGAACAAGGAAAGUUGAUAGCAGAGGAGGAGAUGGAGAGCGGGUCGCUGGAGGCUUGGGUCGUGCACCAGUACAUCCUGUCGAUGGGAGGAUACCCCGUGGUGCUCUUCGUCUUCUUCUGUUUCUGCCUACCUGUGGUCAGUGUGUCCCUGGCUGGGUGGUACCUGUCCUACUGGCUGGAGCAGGGUGGAGGGAGUGUGAAUAUCACGAUCGGCAACAUGACACGUCCAAGUCUGAGAGUGGUGGACAAUCCAGACAAACAUCACUACAUGCUCAUCUACACCAUGUUCAUCCCCAUCCUCAUUUCCACCAUGUUUCUACGCUCCUUCUCCCUUGUAAAGGCCACUCUCCGUGCCUCCAGUCAACUUCAUGAUAAGGGCUUCUCCGGGAUUCUUCACUGCCCCAUGUCUUUUUUCCAUUCAACACCCGUUGGUCGAAUUAUUAAUCGCUUCUCAGCUGAUCUGGAUGAAAUUGAUGUUCGUCUUCCAAUGAACGUUGAGAUUUUCCUCAACAAUGUUCUUCAAGUCAUCGCAGCACUGUGCAUGAUCGCUUUUGUGGCUCCGUGGUUUUUGCUUGCUGCUGUGCCCCUGGGCGCGUUGUUUUUCUUCCUCAUGUCAAUGUUCCACACGUGUGUGCGGGAACUCAAGGGCCUGGACAAUGUGACGCGCUCCCCUGUCCUCAGCCACGCGGCUACCUCCGUGCAGGGUAUGUCAACCAUACAGACCUACCGCCGCACUGUACAUUUCGAGAAGUGUCACCGUGACCUCCUCAACACAAACUGUGUGGCUGUUUUCUUGUUCUACUCGGCCAAUCGGUGGCUGGCCAUUCGUCUGGACAUCGUGUCGGCCGCUGUGGCCUUUGCUACGGGUCUUCUAGUUCUGCUGACCUUUGACCAGCUGAACCCUGCCCUGGCCGGUCUGGCUCUCUCCUACAGUGUUCAGAUGUCUGGGCUGUUCCAGUUCACGGCUCGUCUGGCUGUGGAAACAGAAGCGAGGUUUACGUCUGUACAGAGAAUUCUCAAGUAUUGUAAUAUAACGCAAGAAGAGCCAUCUUUAGCUGUCGUCAGUGGUCAGUCUUUGACCUCCUGGCCCAAGUCCGGUGGGAUCGUCUUCGACGGCGUGCAGUUACGCUAUCGCAGUGAUCUGCCCCUGGCUCUGCAAAACGUGUCUUUCAAAGUAGAGGCCCAAGAGAAGGUGGGCAUUGUGGGCAGGUCUGGUGCAGGAAAAACGUCCCUGAGUGCUGCCCUCUUCCGCCUUGUGGAGCUGGAUGGUGGCCGUAUCUUCGUAGAUAAUGUAGAUAUUUCUACUGUCAAUCUGAAGGAGCUCAGAUCGAAUCUCUCUGUCAUUCCACAAGACCCAGUAUUAUUUUCUGGUACCAUCAGGUACAACCUUGACCCGUUCCAGCAGCGUUCCGACGCCGACAUCUGGCAGGCUUUGGGCAAGUGUCAUAUGGCUCUCAUGGUUAAAGGCCUUGAGCAUCAACUUGACACCGCAGUGCUAGAAAAUGGGGACAAUUUCUCCCUGGGGGAGAGGCAACUCUUCUGUCUAGCCCGAGCCUUGCUCCGCAAUUGUAAGAUUCUAGUAUUAGAUGAAGCGACAGCGGCCGUCGACUCGGAGACUGACUCUCUCAUCCAAACGACGCUAAGAGAGUCGUUCUCUCAGUGCACCAUGCUUAUUAUUGCGCACAGACUCAACACCGUCUUAAGCUGUGAUAAAAUUGUAGUCAUGGACAAUGGGAAGGUGCAGGAGUCUGGCAGUCCAUCAGACCUGUUGUCCAAUGCUAGCUCCCAGUUUCGGACCAUGCUCCAGGCCUCCGAAGUCCCCUUCAAGGCACCAUGACUAAGCUCUGCUAGCAGCUCUAGUUUCUGUGGCGGUUAUGACCAGCCCGGAGUCUCAUCUUGGUUCCCACCAGAUCUGAAAAAUCCGUAAUGGAUGGACAGUGGUCAGGUUGUUCUUCCUCACUGCUUCGUUCGUUCCCACGACCAGGAUACAAAGCGUAUCUGAUCAGCAUCACCAAUAUAUAUGGGUUGUCUUGUUUAGCUGUGGCGGAGCAGUGCGUCGAUAUUUGCUCUAUUAUCACCAGUGAGGAGUUGAGGGUGAUUGAACAAGCUUGUGGGUAGUUUUGAUCUUUUUGACAAUUGACUGAUUGGCAAAUUUCGCACAGGCUUAAUGUGUCGGUUGACAAAUUUGGCACCUGUGGCACUAAUGUCGUUUUGCCAAGUGGAAAAUGUGGAAGCAAAAAGGGCAUGCCCUUUGUGUUUGGGAGCACUCCAUGUUGGGAAAAAGUUACUGCAUCCAGGUUGUAUGCUACCAAAGGCAUCAUGGGCUGCCCAUAACUUGAUCAAUACAUUGGUCACAUCAUGGAAUGCAAAUGCUUGAACCA